AUGGAGGAGUCAAGUCUCACAACUUCACCAUCAAUUCUUGAUGGAGACAAUUAUGAAACUUGGGCUGUUAGAAUGACAGUUCAUCUACAAGCACUUGAUGUUUGGGAAGCAGUGGAAGAAAAUUAUAAAGUUCCUCCCCUGGGAGCCAAUCCAACUGUGGCUCAAACGAAGUUGUAUAAAGAAAGAAAGACAAGAAAGGCUAAAGCGAAGGCUUGCUUGUCUGCUAUAGUUUCACCAUCAAUUCUCAUAAAAAUCAUGAAAAUUGAUUCAGCUGCAGAAAUUUGGGAGUAUCUCAAGAAGGAAUACAAAGGAGAUGAAAGAAUCAAGAACAUGACGAUGAUGAACUUGAUUCGAGAAUUUGAAAUGAAGAAAAUGAAGAAAUCUAAUGCUGUUAAAGACUAUGGUGCACAACUUCUUUCAAUAGCAGACAAAGUUAGGCUGCUUGGAAAACAAUUUUCCAAUGAGAAGAUUGUUUAA